AUGGCUGCUGUGGCACUGCACGGUUAUAAGGUGAAGGGCAUUAACAAUGUCAUGGUACGGCUCUACCCGCAGGUGCUCGGCAUUCACAAAGUACACGAGCACAAUCUCUGCAACGCCCUCAGGGACUUUGGACUUAUGCUGAAAUCAGAAUGCAGGGGUGAACUAAUACAGUACAAUAACGAUUUUUUGAAGUUUGCGCACACCAUGCGCUCCAGUGAGCUUUGCAUGAUCGCGCAUGGAUACUCCAUUUUGGAGCUCAACGACCGCGAUUGGUGGGACAAAUUCACUGCAAUUGCUGCUCGGAAUGCUUAUGACAUGGACGGAAAGGAGAUGGCAGGUCUGAUGUAUUCACUGAGCAGGGUAUACCCCGGCAAACAUCCCCUGAUUGCACAACUAAUAGAGGAGUCAACACCGUGGAUCCAGCAUGCGAAUCCUGGCACGUUGUCUUUACUGGUGAAGGUUAUAUCCAACCUGAAGAUUGGGGGCAAUUACCUGCAUCAGAUCAAUAAGCGGGCAAUAGAGAUUAUAAAUGAGCUCAACAUUGUGGACGUCAUAUUCUUUAUAACGUCCAAUACAGAGGCCAAGACCCGUGACUUGGAGUUGUAUCGUGCUCUUUGCACAAGGUCAAUCGAGUUGUACGACGAUAUGGAACUGCACCACUUACGGGCCCUGGCGGCUUCUUUAAGUAUUGGUGGCUAUAAAUCUUCGCUGUUUUUCAAUGUCCUGUCUCUGCGUCUGGUUGACAUUUGUCGCACUAAAAAGCUUAAAGAUGGCGACGUUAUAUCCCUGUUCUUGGCGUACACGUCUCAAAAGUUCCUCAGUCAGAAUGACCUUUGUAUCGACGUACAGGUUUACAAGCGGUUUCUGCAGGAGCGCUAUGGAUACGUAUCGAAAGACAAAUCCGAGUUCCCCAUCCCUGAGUUGGGACCAGUAUUUUCUAAGGCUUUGAAAGACAAUAUCCACAGGAUAACUGCCAACGGAAUGCCCAUAGUGUUGCGCGCAAUUUCGAUUUUGAAAAUACCAGUUGAGCAGGAACUUUACGACAGGGUGCUGCAGGAAACGGCGCAGUACAUUCGUGAAGGCAAGUAUGACGGGUUGAAGCUUUCAAAUUUAGUUGUUACCAUCGCAAAACGUCCAGGACGACACGACGUCUUCUGGAAUGCCGUGCACGACUCUGUCUCCCAGCCUGAUGUCGCUUUCAACGCAGACCUUGUUGCCAAGAUGGCGGCCACACUGGGAGCUGUGACGGACGAUGCAUCUAGACGUUUGGUCUACAAGGACCUCAUCGACCUUUCGUUGAAGUGCUGUAAGGACAUGAACGUGAAGUCCAUUUUUGCCCUGACACGGGUCUGUGCGGCUAACAUGGAGCUGGAGGCGUUAUGCUCUGCGUCUUAUGUGGACGCUGUAGUCGCCCUGAUGCACCGCGUUCCCAUCUCUGACAUCUUCCACCUACUGAAGCUCUAUCCUUUCCGCGCACUUGCACCAGGUGACAGAAAUGUCAUGCACCUUUUGGAAGCUGCCAAGGAAGCGCUUAAUAAGUCUCACGAGCGCUCCCCUGGCUUCAUGCCAUUGAGGAUGAUGCUUGAAGAUCUUGUUUCCAAACAGGAUACCGAAGACAAAACAUCGAAAACAUGCGAUACUUGA